GCUGAUACUGAGGUUUAAUGAGUAGGUUCAUGAUGCACGUCACCACUGCCUGUCUUUUAACUUUUUUUCUUUACAUUUCUAUUGGUAAAGUUCAUGCAGAAGAUGACUAUAACUAUGACUAUGAUGAUCAUAAGUGCAAUAAGACAGAAUCCAUAAUUGGAGGUACAGUACAAUACUCCAAAGACGGUAGUGAAGUAACCUACAACUGCAAUGAUGGCUUUACACCCUUUCCAAUUUCCAAAAAGGUCUGCAACUCUAAAGGAAAAUGGGAGCCAGAAAUAUCCAGGGUGAUAUGUGAAGAAGAAUCAGAUUAUGAUGAUAUUAAUGAACCCCAAAAGAACUGCUCUGUAGCAGAAACUAUAAAAGGAGGCAGUGUUUCCUACUCAAAUGGAGGCUUGGAAGGCAGCGUGCUGACAUACCAUUGUAAUUUUGGAUACUACCCGUAUCCUGUCAGCAAGAGAGUUUGUAACCCCGGAGGGGAGUGGUUAAUCAGGGUGUCUACUGCCACAUGCAAAGACAUUCUCUGUCCAGCACAGCUUCAGCUGGAUAAUGGCCAAUUUUGGCCACGUAAACAGUGGUUUAAAAUCGGAGAAGAGCAGGAAUUCUCAUGCAGGGAUGGAUUGAAGUUGUCAGGUUCAGCCAAGCGGAACUGCACUGAAUCGGGCCACUGGACUGGUACCCUUCCACUGUGCAUUGAAGAAUCUGUUGGCUGCAGAGAUCCAGGGAUUCCACCUGGAGCUACACGCUCUGGAGCCCACUUUCGGAUCGGUGACCAAGUGAAAUACCGUUGCCAGUCUGGCAUGGAAUUACUGGGGUCUGAAGUAAGAGUGUGUCUGGAUUCAAAAGAAUGGAGUGGUUCUGAUCCACGUUGCCAGGCCCCCUAUAUAUUUGAUUCACCAGCAAGUGUGGCUCAAGCCAUGGAUGGUUCGUUAUCUGCUGUAAUGGAUGUUUCAUCCCCAGAGUUCAAAAAGAAAGGCCCAGAUUUCGGAAGAACCUUGAAAGUGGCAGAUGGUCGACUCAACAUUUUUAUUCUAAUGGACACAUCAGGAAGCAUUAAAAAGGAGGAUUUUGAGAAGGCAAAGCAGGCCACUGCUAGCUUAAUACGCAAGUUGAGUAGUUAUGAUGUUGAAAUGAAGUUUGAUAUCAUUUCCUAUGCCAGUGAGCCCUACGACAUCAUAACGGUUUUGGAUGACUUCAGUGACCAGACAGAUGUGGUUUUGGCGAGAUUAAAUUCGUUUAAUCAUGAAGGACAUGGGGAAAAGACUGGCACGAAUCUCUUUAAAGCCCUUAAAUCUGUGCAUGACAGACUUUCCUUCCUCAAGGCAAACAACAAACGUCGCUUCAGUGAAACUCAGAAUGUCAUUCUCAUUGAGACUGAUGGCUUUGCCAACAUGGGAGGUGACCCAGGUCAUUAUCUGCGUUUGAUCCGUGAACUCUUGGGCUACAAAAUAUCUACAGAUAACUCACAUGAGGAUCUUCUUGAUGUCUAUGUGUUUGGCAUUGGGACAAACAUUAAGAAGUCUGAGCUGCAACGUCUAGCUUCCAAUAAAAUAAGAGAACAUCAUCUCUUUAUCCUUAAGAAUUAUGUGGAUCUUGGGGUAGUGUUUAAUAAGAUGAUCAAUGACUCAGCCGUAACCAAAUGUGGGGUGGCCCACGAGCUGGUUAUUCCAAAAACUGAUGAUAAUGCUAAGCAUGAGCGUUGGGAUACCAGGCCUUGGCAUGUCUCUAUUAAUUGGCGAACAAAGCCAUGCCAGGGCUCUAUUUUGACUGAGAACUGGGUCAUCACAGCUGCACACUGUCUGAUGAAACUGAAUAAUGGUUUUGUGGAAAGGGCCGAUGCCAGUGACGUGGAGAUUAAUCAUGGUGGAGGAAAAGUAUGUGCUGGUUCGCUAUUUGAACACCCAGAAUUUAAUGUCACAAAACUCAUGGACAGGAACAUCAACGAGUUUUAUGACUAUGAUGUCGCACUCAUUAAACUGAACAGCAGCAUUAAGCUUUCCUCUAAGGCAAGACCCAUUUGUUUGCCAUGCACCAAAGCUUCAAAUCGUGCUCUCAAGAUGAGUCCUGAAUCUACUUGCAAGAAUCAUGAAAGUGCCUUGCUUGAUCAGCAGCAGACUCAAGCCUACUUUUUGCAACAGGGGAAAUCCCGAAAGUCGACUCAUAUCCAGACUGGAAAAAAGAGAGAGGGUUGCAUUGAGCAGUAUAGGCCACUCUUGGCGGACAACAACCUGGUGCCUUUGACUGACGUGAUCACAGACAGGUUCCUGUGUACUGGAGGAUCAGAGAAAUUCAAGGAUUAUAUUACCUGCAAAGGAGACUCUGGAGGCUCCCUCUUUCUUCGUAAGGGAAUGCGUUAUUUCCAGGUGGGAGUCGUGAGCUGGGGCACUAAAGCAGUGUGCGAGUCACAAACCCUGAAUAUUCCUGAACCUCCUGUGGAUGCCCGAGAUUUCCACAUCAAUGUGUUCUCCAUUAUGCCUUGGCUUAAAGAACACCUGGGCAAAGAACUGGACUUCCUGGAAAGCGAGAAAGUUUAACAACAAUUCAAAUAUAACCUGCUUUGGUAUCAUAAGACACAGGAAAAGUAUAAUAAGGUAUAAUUUGCCAAUGUGUCAUUUUUUUAUUAUUAUUUAGCUAAACUACUAAUUAAACAUUCAUUUUGUCUUAACUAUUAAUGUUAUAUAUUCAUAUUUUGUUGUGCUCAAUCUGUGUUUUAUAAUUAAUCAGCAUUUUUGAACAUUUCUAGAGCACAAAUUUCUUAUGUAGGAAUAAAUGGCUAUUUUCGUGAGCAUUUACAUUACAUAACAUGCAUUCAGUUUUGCCUUAUGUUUAAUUUUUGGUGCAUGCCUAAUAAUGUAGCCUAUGGCAUAGCCUUUCUAACAAGACUUUUGCAGAUGCUUAAAAAUUAGUUAUGUAUCUAAUUUGUAAUAAAUAGGGGUGUAAUGAUACCUUA